GAAGAGGGCGGGGCUGCUACCCUCGUGGCAGCACUCACCCACGUGGCAGGAGUAGACAGAAGAAAGCUUUAGAAUUGAAGUACAUAGACAGGGAAGGCUUUAUAGUGAUGCCCAAGGGAAUAAAAACACCCUCGGGAGAUGUGGUUCAUCUAAAAACAAGUUUUGAGGCUGGUGAAAGAUUGGAGCCAUUCUACACUGGUGGUGAUGUCAUCCUAUCUAGUGAUGGCCGUGUCUUGUACACGUCAUGUGACUCUUUUGUCAAGGCUGUCAAUGUAGAGACCGGACAAACGACACUAAGUAUAACCGAGGAGGAGGACAGUGUUGCUAGUGUGGCAUUGAGUAUCGACCAAUCACUGCUCUCCGUGGGAUGGAGAUCUGUACUAGUCAAACUGUACGAGAUAAAUGAAGAGGGGUCAAAGUGCGUGCGCUCAUGGAAGGCCCACAAUGGACCCACGGUAACCAUGGCGUUUGAUGCCACUUCUUCUCUAUUAGCCUCUGGUUCCACUGAUAGUAGCAUCAAGGUGUGGGACUGUAGAGGAUAUUACUGCACUCACAACCUGCGUGGCUCCAGUGGAGUGGUGAGCAUGGUCCAGUUCCACCCAUCACGUCUACAACUCCUCUCAACAUCAGCUGAUAACAGCAUCAGAGUAUGGGACCUCCAGAGCAGCAAGUGUGUACAAGUACUGCGUGGUCAUGUGAGUACUGUGACAGCCAUCGAGUUAUCACUCGGAGGAGACCUACUCAUCAGUGGUGGUAGAGAUCAGGUGGUGUUAGUGUGGGACCUGGCCUCAGGCACAAUCACACACACACACCCAGUAUAUGAGGCCGUGGAGGGUCUGGUUGUGGUUCCCAUGGACACGCUAGAUGGUUUCGUCAAAUCAAAGAAAAAGAAGCGCUCUCUUUCUGAGGGUGUUGCAUUUGCUACUGCUGGUGACAAAGGGGUUAUUCGUUUAUGGAACUCGUUGACCUCUGACCCUAUUGCCACCCUCCCUGCCUUGUCUCAGAGCUACUCUGGACUCCUGUACAGCGGAGGGUUGUUAGUGGGCGUCACCUUCGACCACUCUCUCAUUAUAUACAAUUCAACCCAACACUUCAACACAACUAAGCAGUUGCUAGGCAACCUGGACGAGGUUCUAGACGUGUGUUAUAUAGGGAGAGACUAUUUGUCAGUAGCCACCAACUCUGAGGAGGUGAAGCUGCUCCAUCGCCCUACUGGUCACUGUCAGAGCCUGUCUGGGCAUACUGGUAUCAUCCUCUCUAUUGAUGCUAAUGGUCACUCCCUCGUGACUGCCUCAAGAGAUAACACCAUUCGUCUCUGGAAGCUCUGCUCUGGGACACUACAUUGUGUUGCUGUGGGAACAGGCCACACCCACUAUGUCGGAGCAGUGGCGUUGUCAAGAGUGAAAGGUUCGUUUAUUGUGAGUGGCAGUCAAGACUGUACGGUGAAGUUAUGGAGUCUCAAGGGGCUACAGGAAGGGGAGGAGCCUAGCAAGCUCUCCGUCAAGUAUACACAGCUAGCACAUGACAAGGACAUCAACGCUGUGGAUGUGGCGCCCAAUGAUAAAGUGUUUGUGACUGGCUCUCAGGACAGGACUCUUAAACUGUGGAGUGUGAAAGAUGGAGCGUUGCUAGGGACAUUUAAAGGUCAUCGUCGAGGGGUGUGGUCUGUAAAAUUCUCCCCCGUAGAUCAGUGUGUAGCCAGUGCUUCUGGGGAUGGCACAGUGAGACUGUGGGCUCUCUCCAGCUUCAGUUGUGUCAAGACCUUUGAGGGUCACACUAACUCAGUGCUCAAGGUAGCCUUCCUCUCCAGGGGAAUGCAACUAGCCUCCAGUGGUAGCGAUGGACUGGUCAAGGUGUGGACUAUACGCACUAACGAAUGUGCUGCUACUAUGGAUGGUCAUACAGAGAGAGUGUGGGCGUUAGCUGUGGGAGAGGAUGGUGGGGAGGUGGUCUCCGGGGGCGGGGACUCACUCGUCUGUACCUGGAAGGAUGUCUCUGAGAGCGUGGAAAAAGCUGAAAUUGAGAAACAGGAGGAGCUGUUGCUACGACAACAAGAGUUGGACAAUCUCCUCCUGGCAAAGGACUAUGUUCGUGCAGUGGGCGUGGCAUUAUCCUUGGACCAGCCGUACAGACUACUAGCACUCCUGCAAGAAUUGUUAGAGGAAGGAAGAGCCGCUGGGUCAAAGUUUACCGGAACUAUCCUCUCACUCAGACAAGACCAGCAAGCUUCUCUGGUGCGCUAUUCUUCUCGCUGGAACCAAAAUGCCAAGCACUGUCAUGUAGCUCAGUCUGUCCUGGCAGUGUUGCUAGGCAACCUAUCUCAGGAGGUGCUCCUCUCAUUGGAGGAUGUUGGUGACCACAUCAAAGGGUUUAUACCAUACACGGAGAGACACCUUCAGCGACUGGACAGACUAGAAGAGUUGUCAAUGUUUGUGGAAUACUCAUGUCAGAAGAUGUCACUAGUUGCUAAUGAGAAGACAGUUGAACUAUCAAGCAAACCAGUGGACAAUGAAGUGGAGACAGUGGAACUCAUCAUGGCCCCCGCUGACUCCACUACGCCUGUGGUUGGUAUUGACGACUCUACUGGAAAUGGUAUCCAUGACAAUGAUGACGCUAUGGUUACGUCCACCCAUACAGACAAACCCAAGAAUAUAUCGCGGAAGAAGACAAAGCUAAAAAGACUUAUCAAGGCCUCUCGAAAAAGAACUUCCAUUUGAAUUUUUUUUUUCUAAUUAAUUAUUUUAUUAUUGACAAUAAUGUUGUUUGCAAUAAUAAUUAUUAUUAAAUAUUAAAAGGUGA